AUGGCGCUAGAGGGAGAAGAUUUAACAGAUACUGAGCGCAAGGACGAGAAGCAGAGAUCUCAGAAAGAUAGUGAUAUCAACAGUAAAUGCUACUGCGGCCUAGAACGACUUAAAGAUGGCACAACUGUAGAAUUUCAAUGCGUCGAUUGUCGAUGUUGGUUUCACGCCAAAUGUACUGAAUUUACCUCAGAUAAACUAAUUCCCUAUUUAACUAACUACGAAUACUUGUGCAAGAGAUGUAGCACCGAUAAUAAUGAAAGAUUUGAAUUGAAGACUGCACGUUUAGUACAAGUAUGUGUUACUGCUUUAGCCAAUUUAAUGACAGCUCGUCCUGAUUCUGAAGAAAUGUUCUGCAAGGAGAAGGAUAUCGUCCCUUUUGUUCAGGAACACUGGAUCACAAUCUUUAUUAAUCGUGCUAAAACUUCUUCAUGGCAUGGUAAUCUUAAUAAAGUUUUAAUUAAGGAGAAAGAUUUUUUUAUUUGUAAUCAAACAACUAACGAUAGUGGAAAGCCUGUAGUUUAUGCCCGUUUAAAGAGCGAUGUUGAGUUAUCUACCAUCAGUCCCCUACUAUUUGACAGCAAGUCAUCGUUAAUGGUCUAUAGUAAAAAUUAUUAUCCCAGCGAAGAUCUUGUAAAAGAGAAAUAUGGUCACAAAAGGGGCAAAGAAAGUGGUGGUGGUAGACGUAAGGGUGAAACAUUGCACAGCCAGUCUGCCAGUAAAAAAUCACGAACAGAUAUUACUUCAGCCCAAAAAGAAUUACCUGCGCAUGGAUAUCCUUUAGAACAUCCUUUCAAUAAGGACGGCUAUCGAUAUAUUUUAGCUGAGAAAGACCCACUGGCUAAAGUGGACGACGUCGAUCCGGAUGUUUGGCUUGGCAAAAAGCCCCUGCCGGCGCGAAUAUACCGAGCUGUAUCAGCUCCAGCAGUUUAUGUCUCACUCAAUGAUAGGGCCCAACUAUUAAAAGUCUCUGAUGAUCGCCUAACAGUCACUGGAUAUAAAGGAUAUGCUGUGGCUAGAGCAACUCAUGGGGUAACUGAAGGGGCCUGGUAUUUUGAAGUGACUGUUGACGACUUACGUAAUGGGGAGGCCGCUGUUAGGCUUGGAUGGUCUCAACUGUUCGGUAACUUACAAGCGCCUUUAGGAUACGAUAAAUUUAGUUAUUCAUGGAGAAACAGAAAAGGAACACGAUUUCAUCAAAGUCGUGGAAAAUCUUUUAGUGAUAGUUUUUCGGAGGGUGACGUGUUGGGUUUCUAUAUUUACCUCCCUAGAAAGGAAGAUGGUACCCUGUUACCAGAAAAUUAUAAAGAUAAGGUUUUAAUUACCUUCAAGGGCUUUUGCUAUUAUGAAGUUCGUGAUAACGCCACUGAAGCAGAGAAGAAAUUAAAGGAGCUACCAAGUAGUAAGAUAAUUUUAUAUAAAAACGGUAUUCGUCAAGGAGUUGCAUGGGAAAAUAUUUUUGAGGGAACGUAUUAUCCUGCAGUUUCGAUAUAUAAAUUUGCUCAGGUGACACUCAAUUUCGGUCCGAACUUUAAAUUUCCUCCACCGGAUGUCGAGUAUCAACCGAUAUCCGAUUUAGCAACGAUCGCGGUUGCUAAACAAUGUUUAGCAGAUUUAGCGUUUCACGUAGAUUACGCCGUCGAACCCAAACAGCCGGAAUCUAUUUAUGUUCUAAAUAAUAAUUCUACCGUGAAAGAAAAUUAA